AUGUCGUGGGAACUGCUAGAACGCACAGUCUACCGGUUGCCGUAUGCACCCCCGCGAGCCGAUGCAGGUUCUCUGCAGCAGGCCUUCAUCACCCUGGGUUACGACUACACCUACCAUGGCUGGGACAUUCUGUUCGGGCAGCUCCUCUACUCGGACAAGUGGGUGAAUCUGGCGAGGAGGAAGUUCAAAAUGUGCACGAGCGACAGGAGCAUCUUGGAUGGCGACUGCAAGAUCACUGCCGCGGAUUUCGACGAGGCCCUCGGCCAUUGCACGGCGGUCACAGACGCGGCUGGUUCGGUCUUCGCUGCGGAGCUUAUCGAGGCAUACCCCGACGCCAAGGUCGUUCUUAACAUUCGGAGGGACGAGGACGCCUGGUAUCAAAGCGUGUGCAAGAUGCUCGUUGGCGAGGUAAGCCCCGUGCACUACAUCCUGAGUUGGUUUAGCACCGAAGCGUUCUGGGCAUGGCAUGUAUACUGGAGGUUUCUGUGGGCUUGCCAGUUCCGGGCUCCGGAUGGCAUAGCAGGCGAGGCAUCUGCGGAAAUGGGCACUGGAUUUACCGGGGUAUGGCUUUGUCUUCCGCUAUUGUUUCUUCAGUCGAGGUCUUGUUGGGAGAAACUGCUCGAAUGGAGCGUCGAGGAUGGGUGGGAGCCGCUGUGCAAAUUCCUAGGCAAGGAAGUGCCUAUAGAGGAAUUCCCGCAUGCCAACACGCAGAGCGGGUUCAAGGGACGAAUGGACGAUAUUAUGAAUCUUUGGGCCAGAAAGUCGAUGCGGAAUAUGAUGAUAACGUUCGCGGUCGUUGUUGGAGGAGGCGCCUCUAUCUACAAGUUUAGCAAGGCGGCCUGA